AUGGAUCCCACACCCUCUGUCGCAUCUCCGCACCUUUUCGACCUAUCGGGGCAGAACGUUCUGAUCACUGGUGCCACAAGAGGCAUCGGCGCGGCUUGCGCAAUCGCUCUUGCUCAAGCUGGCGCUUCCAUCUGCCUCGUGCAGAGGGAGCUCGCGCCCGGGUCCAGUCCGAAUCUGGCGACGUACAACGCAAUCCAGGCGUUAGGAAGAACCGUUCAUGUUGUCCAUUGUGACCUCAGCGAUCUCCAGGCCGUUCGGGAGCUCUUUCCCAAGGCACUCGAUGUCAUGGGUGGCCACAUUCAUAUUCUGGUCAACUGUGCUGGUAUCCAGCGGAGAUCUCCGUCAGUCGACUUCCCGGAGCAGGACUGGAAUGAUGUUCUCGACGUCAACCUCACUUCUGUGUGGCUGUUAUCGCAGGCCGCGGGCCGGCAUAUGGUCCCUCUCCGAAGAGGAAAAGUCAUUAAUUUCUGCUCCCUGCUCACCUUUCAAGGAGGCCUCACCGUUCCUGCUUAUGCAGCGGCGAAGGGUGCUGUAGGCCAGUUGACCAAAGCUCUCAGCAAUGAAUGGAGCCGUCACAACGUCCAAGUCAAUGGCAUCUGCCCCGGAUACAUAGCUACCGAUAUGAACGAAAAGCUGCUCAAAGAUGAGGUCCGUUUGAGACAGAUCUCGGAGCGCAUUCCAGCGGGCAGGUGGGGCGAACCCCAGGACUUUGCCGGGCCGAUUGUCUUUUUGGCUAGCAAAGCCAGUCAGUAUGUCUGUGGAGAGCUGCUGGUCGUGGACGGGGGUUGGAUGGGACGAUGA